AUGGAAAGUUAUUUAGAUCAGUUAUCGAUUACCGCCACGCGAGUAGGUGCUGGUCCACCACCUGGAAGAUCGAAUGAUGACGUGUCCUUAAAUCCUGCUGGAAGGGGCCCGUCUGAUAGCAGCACCAAAAAUGAGGCACUCAUGCGUUGCAGGAGGGUGCUUUACAUGGCUACCUUCAACGCAUGCACCAUCCGAAAAGACUCAAGAGUUAGUGAGCUGACCCACUGCGCAAGAUUGCUUGGCAUCGAGGUUCUGGGAAUCCACGAGCCCAGACACAUCCAUCCAUCCGAGCUCAGCUAUACCCGCACUGAAGAUCAUUUUUUAAUCACCUCUUCGGCAUGGAGGAAUGAGGCACAGGCGGCAACAGGCGGAGUAGGUUUCCUACUUAGCAAUCGUGCGAAGAGAGCAUUGUGCGAUAUCUGCUCAUAUUCAUCCAGGAUUCUGCUGGCCGUUUUUGCUGGAAACCCUGCCACGUCAGUCAUAGUUGCGUAUUCUCCUACGAACGUCUCAGAUCCAGCCGACAUCGACCAGUUUUAUAGACUUCUGCGCGCAGCAGUCCAAGAUACCCCGGCACACAAUUUCUUGGUUAUUCUUGGAGACUUCAAUGCAAGACUUGGACCCGAGGAUGCUCGUUACCCAUUCCACCAGUCUACGAACAGGAACAGUGAAUAUCUAGCCGAGUUACUCAUGGAGAAUAACCUCAUUGCAUCGAACACAAGCUUUAAGAAGCAUCCUGGAAAACUGUGGACAUUUGAGGAUCGUGCCACCCAAGCCAAGAGACAGUUAGACUAUAUCCUGACGAGAAAAAAGUGGCGUAAUAGUGUACUCAACUGUGAGGCUUAUAACGGCUUUGCUAGCAUUGGCUCCGACCACCGGUUGGUUUCCAUUAGACUGCGCCUGAGUUUGUGGGCAUCCAAGCAGCAACCGAAAUGUGCUCACUAUGUCUGGAAAAGCUUGACCGUGUCUCCUGAAAUACAAGCCCAGUACACUAUUGAGGUGAAGAACCGCUUCCAGGCUUUAGAGAUGACUGAGGAUCCAACCGAGAGUUACCAGAAUUUCAUAGAUGCCAUUGCUGAUGCAGCUAAAUCCUGCGUUCCACUUAAGGCAAGGGUAAACAAGCCACGAAGAUCUAGUCAUCCUGCCAUGGUAGAAGCGCGUGAAAAAUUGGACUAUGCAAUCAAGUCCCAGAGGUCAUCUGACGAGAUUGUCCGCGCGAGGAACGAACUGUAUGGGAUAUAUGACCAUCUGCAAGCUGCAGAUCUGGAAGAGAAAGCUGCUAGGAUUGAAGCUGCAAGCGCUGACUGUCAACACAGCAAAGCAUGGCAAGUGAUAAACGAAAUAAGUGGACGGAAGAAGAAAGCUGAAGGCAGUCGCGUGUCCGGAGCUAGUCCGGAGGAACGGAUUUCUACAUGGUUUACACACUUUAGAAAUCUCCUUGGCCGAGUACCGGACAUCGAUGGAGAGAUGUUAUCGAAGAUGUCAUUCCAGAUCUUGAUAUAG